AUGGCUCCGCGAUGUGGGGUGUGUUUGGAGGAUAAUGUGGAAGCAGAUCAUGAGCAAUCGCAGAAGCAUCUGAAGAACUUACUCUUGGACCAACUUGGGAAAAUUAACAAGCUUUACGCAGAGAACAGGAACGGCAUAGUGGUGACCAGUACGGUGACCCCAGUAGCGUACAACGCAGCACCGCUUCACGUCGAUACUGAGCAGUCUUUACUCAAAGUAUCCGUAAAACCGCGUGAAGGGGUCAACUUUUCAUUUAAAAUAAAGAACGACAAUGCCGAAGCCGACAUUAUCUUCAGAGGAAUCUCGAUUCCAAACAACAAAUUCAACUUCACUCUUCUCAGCGAAGACUUGAGUUUCGGUUCUGUGAGCUGCCGUAUACAUCCAAGGACAUAUAUGGAGGAAGAAGUAUGCGUGACCUUCGAGAACAGUGUCAACGGCGUGUAUAAGCAGCCUGUGUACUUCAUAUUCAUCCACGCUGACACCGAGGAGUACACUGUCAUCCUAAAAGAGAUGCUGGUGUUCGUGGAAGCCGUGAAGAGGAAGCAUGAGAAAGUGGACAGUCCGUACACGCUUCAGCCGGUGCUGGCUGACAAACUGGAGAGGACCACGGCGCACAAAAAGGGUCAAGAUGACGUUUUCGUAAUACCAUCAAAAGCUUUGAAGAAAAUUUUCGCCCGAGACUUGAAGGUCGACAACGAAGAUGUCACUGACGAGGAGAAAACGCUAGUCGAAAAAGUCAAGGCUACUUUCGAAGCUGGACCGGACGAAUUGAACUACAUACAGUUUUUCCACAACUUACUUUGGUACGAGGAGACUGUUAUUGGGGCUAAUUUGAAGAAUUACAAUAUGUCUGGUGUGACGCUGAGACGCAGUCUGUCAGGCAAAUCGUAUUCGUUGCUUGUACCGGGUCUGGCGGAGAAGCGACCGUCACUAAUGCUAGGAGAUUUGGUGUACGUCAGACCACACAACAAAACUGAAGUGAUGUAUGAAGCCAUCAUCACUGACAUCCUGGACAACUACGCGCAAUUCAGCAAGAUAUCUGCUAAGUUCCACAAGCUCUACAAGAAUGAUGCAAAGUUCGACAUUCGAUUCUGCAUGUCGCGCAUGCCUCUGGAGCGCAUGCAUGUAGCGGUGGACGACAUGCGGCGCGAGCAUAUGCUGACCAAGACCUUCCCAAGAGGCAACGAGCGGGUGCCUCCCAUCAGACGCAUCUCCAACUUCUACAACCCGCUAAUCGCGAACAACCCGGAACAACAUGCUGUUGUGGAACACAUCGUAGCCGGGAGCAGCGGCACUGCCCCUUAUUUGCUGCACGGGCCGCCCGGCACCGGCAAGACGGUCACCAUCGUCGAGGCCAUUCUGCAGUUGGCCAAGACCCGCACCAACCGGAUAUUAGUGUGCACGGAUUCCAACAUGGCGGCCGACCACGUGGCCACGUUGCUCAUCCAGUACGCGGACAAGUUUCCCGAGGAGGAGUUCCUGCUUCGCGCCAACUCCGAGUUCAGGGUUUGGGAAACUAUGCCAGCGAUCCUGGGCCCCUAUUCGAACGGCACGAGCCGCCAGUCUUGGGCCAGAGUGACCAUCGCCAAGUUCAUGAGCUACAGCAUCGUCAUCACCACGCUUGUCCACGCCGCCAAGUUUGCCAAGGAGCUAAAACAGAAGAAGCAUGAACGCGUGACCACGCACGUGUUUAUCGACGAGGCCGCGCAAGCCAGCGAGCCGGCCAGCCUCAUCCCGCUCUGCGGGCUGCUGAAGCCGGGCGGGGCUCUGGUCCUGGCCGGGGACCCGCAGCAGCUGGGCCCCGUCGUCAUCUCCCGCGAGGCCAGCAAGCUGGGGCUUGACCACGAGUUCAUCGACGAGGCGGCGCAAGCCAGCGAGCCGGCCAGCCUCAUCCCGCUCUGCGGGCUGCUGCAGCCGGGCGGGGCUCUGGUCCUGGCCGGGGACCCGCAGCAGCUGGGCCCCGUCGUCAUCUCCCGCGAGGCCAGCAAGCUGGGGCUUGGUGUUUCCCUGAUGGAGCGCCUGAAGCGCGACUGCGCCCUCUACAGCGACGAGAGACGAGAUCCGAACUACAUCAUGAUGCUCAAAAAGAACUUCCGAUCGCAUCGCGACAUCCUCAGUAUCCCUGACGAGCUCUUCUAUCACGGACAACUGGAGGCCAUGGCGCCAGUGGACUACAUCAGCAGCGUGGACAUCCUGGGCGAGAGGACAUCCAGCCGCGCCAUCGUGUUCUACGGGGUACCAUCACAAGAGCAGAGGAUCGGGAAGUCACCCAGUUUCUACAACGACUCGGAACUGGAAGUAGUACAGAGCCAUAUAACAGCUCUGCUGGAGGUGCACCGCGUGGCUGAGGCGGAUAUAGGCGUGGUCACGCCUUAUAUUCGCCAGGUAUAUAAAAUGAAACAGUGGCUGAAAGACCGUGAGCUGAACAUCGAAGUGGGCACUGUGGAAGGCUUCCAAGGCAAGGAGAAGCGCAUUAUCCUCGUGUCUACUGUGCGGGCCAAGUGCGAGCUGCUGGCACACGAUGCCAAGUUCAGACUGGGCUUCCUUGUCGACCCCAAGCGCUUCAACGUCGCCCUAACUCGCGCCAAAGCGAAACUGAUCGUCAUCGGCAACCCCGCCUGCCUCCAGAAGGACGCCAAAUGGCACCGCUACAUAACCAAGUGCCGCGAGCUCGGCACGUACUGCGGGUUCGACUUGGGGGAGACAGAAGCUGGUGAAACUGAGGCUAUGGACCAGAUCACGCAGAUUCUGCGGCUGACGAAGGCGCUGGAGAAUAUGAGGGUGUAAAUGCAGAACAUAUACUCUGACAAACCCAGUAGAAAAAAGCAA